GUCUAAAAUAACCAUCGUCAUGAUGAAAACAAAAUAUAGAGGAAUCAGACAGUCUCACUUCCAAAUUUACUUAACAGCUGAUGGCUUAAUCUGUAAUUUUCAGUAAGCAUGAUUGCUUAUUGCAUUGUACAGGAAGUUUAAAGAGUAAUUUGUACAUAGAAGUAAUCGCAUGGGUUGAACUGAAAACUGGCGAAGGGAUAAGGUUAUCCUCUUCGUCUCUCCCGUGAGGUUGUAAAAUUGAGAUUCCCACUACAGUUCUAUCUCGGGGGAAUUUUUUUCUUUAACAACCGCAAUCGGCAGGCUCGACGGCCUCGCCGGGCCACUGCCCAGAGCCGUACUGGACGCCUGGAGGGGCGAGUCUCUGCCGCCAGGCCGAAGGCCAAUGUCACCACACCGUCGGAGUGCGUCGCUGCCGCUGCGCCUUGCGCCGCGCCGAGGCCUAAGGCCAUGGUUGCGCCGUGGGCUGGUACGCCGGAGGGUGCCGCUUGGCUGGUUGGAGGAUGGACCGCGCCGUGAAGACGGAUGGAUCCGUCGCUCCAAUCGCCGGUUAUUGGCCGCGCCUGAGGACGUGCCACCGGAGCCGUGAUGGGAGCGUGUCCGCACGGCUUGUGACGCGUUGCCGUCGUGACGUGGGGCACACGUGCGACGUGUGCGGAGGGCGCUUCCGAGGUGUGUGCCAGAAGGGCUUGCGCGUCCGACGCCACGCACCGGAGGGUGCUGUCGCUGCAGCGCCGUUUGUCGUCUGCGCGGCUCCUGCUGCCGCUGAUGCCAGAGCGUCUAAUUGGCCGGAGGGCGUCACACCUGAUCUACUGUCGCGCAGGGAGGAGCCAAGACGAAGAUCGCUGUGCACCACGCGCAGGCCGGAGGGAGCAUCGCUGCGCCGCCGGCGUGCAGCUGCCUCCUGUCCCGCAGCGGGCCUGAAACGAGGAGGACGCCGCGCACGUGCCGGAGGGUGUCGCUGCGGAGGGCCGGCCAUGGGCCGUGGCCUUGGCGCUGCAUCAACGACAGAGGUUCCAGUUCGUCGUCUGCGAUUCGUUGCGAUGCGCGAGUGCAUCCGCCGUUUAUUCUUUUGACGUGGCCUAUUUCUCUAAUCGAGAGCAGAGUGCGGGAUAACGGGUAAAACGAGAUUGAAGAAAAGCGAAUGGACGGUUAGUCCUAGUUUCUAUUGAUUCUUAAGUCUAUACCUAAUAAUAAAGCGGCUAUUUCUUU